AUGUUUUGGCCGCUUCUCGUGUUAGCCGCGGCCAUCGCGGUCGCGCUGUACGAGUACAUGCGCCGCAGGCGACCACUUUAUGAAUUCAGCAAAUCCUAUCCUUUAGGCUUGCCGCACUACCCUCUCAUCGGCCAGUCGUAUAUAUUCAGCGGUACAGAUGAAGACCGAAUGAAAGCAUUUAUAAAAAUGGGCAAUGCGGCGCUCAAAAACGGAGGUAUCUCAACGCUGUGGCUGGGAACCAAGGCAUACGCAACCAUCAGCGAUCCCGAGCUGCUGGAGGUGGUGACGAAGGCGUGUCUGGAAAAGGACGUUACCACCAUUAAGUACCUGAGGUCAGUCCUCGGCAACGGACUCAUAUUUGCACCGGUUAAGUUCUGGCGUCCCCGCCGCAAGAUCAUGGGACCGACGUUCAACAUGAAGAAUCUGCAGGAGUUUGUGACGGUGUUCGACAAGCAGAGCAGCAUCAUGGUGCAGCAGCUGCGACCACACGCCGGCGGGGGGGACUUCUCCUUCUGGGAGUUCAUUACUGCCUACACUUUCGACGCUAUCUGCGAGACAGUCCUUGGCAUCGAGCUGAACGCGCAGAACCAGCGGCACCACCUAUUCAUCGAGGCCUUCGAUGUGCUCAUACAGAUCCUGUCCAAGCGGAUGCUCUCGCCCUGGCUGUACUGGGACUGGGUCUUCAGGCUCACCUCUAACUACAAGCCUUUCAUCACGCAGAGGAAAUUACUCUACGACUUUUUUGAUAAGGUUAUACAAGACAGAAGAAAAGAACUGGCAGAACAGGGGUCUGACGAGGAUCUCAAAGACCGGAAGAAAACCUUCCUAGACAUGAUGAUAGUGGCUUCCGGGGGAGCCCGGGGCUACACGGACAUCGAGUUGCGCGAGGAGAUCAUGUCCGUAGUGUCGGCCGGCACGGACACCUCGGCCGUCGGCACCGCCUUCGUCGCCCUCAUGCUGUCCCGGUAUCCCACGGUGCAGGACAAGGUGUACGAAGAGUUGAAGGAGGUCUUCGGUGACUCGGACCGCCCGGUGACGUGGCAGGACCUUCCAAAGCUGAAGUAUAUGGAAGCCGUCAUCAAGGAGACCCUCCGGCUGUACCCACCGGUGCCCGUCAUCGUCCGGGACGUGCAUGAGACUGUUGUAUUACCAAAUGGCGCGACCCUACACCCCGGCAUGGGCCUGAUGCUGCACUUCUGGGCCACGCACCGCAACACCAAGUACUGGGGAGACGACGUGAAGGAGUUCAGGCCCGAGAGGUUUCUGGAAGGGCCGCUGAAGCACCCUGUGCAGUUCGUGCCCUUCAGCUACUCGCUGAGGAAUUGCAUCGGUGGUAACUACGCCAUAAUGUCAACAAAAACGAACCUAUCGAACCUGCUGCGUCGCUACGAAGUGCUGCCGCCGCUGAGCGUGCCGCCCGACCAGCUGCUCGCCCCCUUCAGGGUCAAGUUCGACGUCAUGAUGAAGCACUGCGACAACUUCGAGCUCAGGAUACGGAACAGACAUACAUAAUGGACUCAGGGAAAAGUGAUCCAGUAAAAA